AUGAAGUUCGUUGUCGUGGUGAUCUGCCUUGCCGUCUGCAUCGGAACGACCUGGUGCGACGUGAUCGACAGCGCCAAAGCCACGGCAGGGGAGGUCAAGGACGCCACCGCCCCAACUUUGGAAGCUGCCAAGGACACCGCCGCUUCAACCGCCAAAGCUGCCAAGGACACCGCCGCUUCAACCGCCCAAGCUGCCAAGGACGCCGCCACACCUGCUGUUGAUGCCGCCACUCCCACAGUUGAAGCUGCCGCCGAAAAGUCUGAGUCUUUUGCUCAAUGGGCUUACGAUAAAAUUUCCAGUGGUUUCGGGAUGAAAGGUGAAAAUAAGCCAAAUGCAGAAGAAAAUUCCAAGAACUAA